AUGGAGUUGAUGCUAAAUUGGUUGUUGUUGAUUGUUCCUUUUGUGGGUUUUGUUUUAGGGUUUGGGGUUUUGAAGAGAUUGAAUAAUUUGUAUUAUGCAUUGAAAUUAGGGAAGAAAUGGGAUGAACUUCCUCCUGGUGAUCUAUCUUGGCCACUUAUUGGUUCUACUCUAUCCUUUCUCAAAUAUUUCACUUUUGGUCCACCAGACGGUUUCAUUCGUGACUUCUCAAGAAGAUAUGGGAAAAUUGAUAUGUACAAGACUCACAUAUUUGGAAAACCAACUUUAAUCGUCUGCAAACCUGAAAUAUGUCGUCAAGUAUUAACUGAUGAAACCAAGUUCAUUCCUAGUUAUCCUACAUCCAUCACAGCCGUAUUUGGUAAAAAAUCACUGCUUCAAGUACCGAAAGAGGAGCAUCGGAAGCUCCGACGGCUGACAAUGGCACCGAUCAGUGGCCAUGCAGCGCUCGAGAUGUACAUUGAUCAUAUUGAACACACUGUGAUUAGUGGGUUGGAGGAAUGGUCAAGCAUGAAGAAGCCAUUGGAAUUAUUAACAACGAUAAAGCAACUUACCUUCAAAGUUAUUUGGAACAUUUUUAUGGGUUCAACUCCAAUAAAAAGCACUUCUAUAAGAGAAAUGGAGACUUUGAAUGAGAAUAUUGCACUUGCAUUCUUAACCCUGCCACUCAACUUUCCUGGCUUACCCUUCCAUAAAGCACUCAUGAGAAUGGUGAAGAAAAGCAAAGGGGAAAAUUGGGAAGCAAAAGAUAUGAUGGAUUUGUUGAUGGAAGUGAGAGAUGAAGAUGGUGAAGGAUUUGACGAUGAGACCAUUACAGAGAUAAUUUUUGGUAUGCUAUUUGGAGGCCAAGAGACUACAGCUUUCACUACAAUGUGGGCAGUUUUGUUUCUUACAGAUAAUCCACAAGUAUUCCAAAAGGCCAAGGUUAUAGAUGAGACGCUUCGACUAAGUAGUGUUGCAUUUAUUUCUUUUCGUGAGGCAACAGAAGAUAUUGAAAUUAAUGGUAAAAUAAUACCAAAGGGAUGGAGAGUCAUACUUUGGCUUCGAGGGCUUAACAUGGACCAAAAACUACAUCCUUCCCCUCAACACUUCAAUCCUUCAAGAUGGGAUAAUUUUAGAGGAAGCCCAGGUGCUUUUACUCCUUUUGGACUAGGAGUUAGGAUGUGCCCGGGACGUGAUCUUGCCAGAAUGGAGAUCUCAAUUUUUCUUCAUUAUUUUGUCCUCAAUUACAAGAUAGAGCGACUUAAUCCUGAAUGCAAAUUGAAUUACUUACCUAUUUCUCAUCCUAUAGACAAAUGCUUGGCAAGAGUGAUAAAACUCCAAUGAAAGUGACUAAAAAGUCAUCCCUCAUGUAACCUUCUUUGGACCAACAAAGUGUGAACUUUGUGAUCAACAUGUACUUGUAUGUAUAUGUGUGUGAAUUUUAAUUCACCCAUCAAAUAAAAUAAAUACUUUAUUAUUGUUA